CGACCGCCCGGCCGCAGCCACUGCUCUCUCUCUGUCUCUGUCUCUGUCUCAACAACCCGCCGCUACCGCCACCCGCACGUUCAACUACCAACUGAUCGAGGGGGCGCGCCGGUUGAUCGGGAGCAGAUCGCUCGCUACUGGGACAUAGCUAGCUAGCUUGUAGUCGCUCGCUGCGCGUCCCGCCGCCAUGACCCCAGCCACGGCGGUUGCCGUCGCGUCCGAGGCGUGCGUCCUCUCGGACUCCACGGUGGCGUCGUCGUCGUCCACGGCCGAGACCGCCGCGGCGCGCGCGGAGGUUCCGGCGGCCGGCAGCACCGAUGAGACGGGCAGCGGCGGCGGUGGGGCGGCGGAGCGCCGGUCCCGCUUCCGUCGGAUCUGCGUCUACUGCGGCAGCGCCAAGGGGAAGAAGGCCAGCUACCAGGAUGCCGCCAUCGACCUCGGGAACCAGCUGGUGGAGCGGGGCAUAGACCUGGUCUACGGCGGGGGCUCCAUCGGUCUCAUGGGAUUGGUCUCCCACGCAGUUCACGCCGGAGGUCGCCAUGUCAUGGGGAUCAUUCCAAAAUCACUGAUGCCCAUAGAGGUAACCGGAGAGCCUGUUGGGGAGGUUAGAGCCGUCUCUGGCAUGCAUGAGAGGAAGGCUGAGAUGGCCCGGUUUGCUGAUGCUUUUGUUGCAUUGCCAGGUGGCUAUGGAACUCUGGAGGAGUUGCUUGAGAUCAUUACUUGGGCACAACUGGGGAUCCACAAGAAGCCGGUUGGGCUUUUGAACGUUGAUGGAUUCUACGACCCGCUUCUGUCUUUCAUCGACUUGGCUGUCAGAGAAGGUUUCGUAUCGGAGGCGGCAAGGCGCAUCAUCAUCUCAGCCCCAACAGCCAAGGAGCUAGUUAUGAAGCUGGAGGACUACGUCCCGGAGUAUGACGUCGGCUUGGUCUGGGAGGAGCAGAAGCCCAACAGCUUGGUCCCAGCUGCUGGGAUCACCUCAUCCUGAUGAUCUCUCACCUUCCAGCCUGCACCGCAUCAUAUAUACACAUAUAACUAAGUAACUAACCGAUCGAAGCCUGCCACAAAUUUUUUGUUCAUCUGCCAAAGUCCUAACCAAAGGGUAAUUCCUCAAGGCGUGGUCUAUUCUCUUCUAUUCUAUGUGCUGGCCGGCGUAGAUCUUUUUUGUUUGUUUUUGCUAGAAUUAGUACUUGCAAGCAGUAGUGACUGACGAGGAUGCAUCUCCAUGCUGUUUGGGUGUGUUGCUGAAUUUUGUAUUGCACGUGGUUUUAGUUAUGCUGCGUCUGCGUGCCCUGUGAGGUUAAGG